AUGCGUGCUAUUAUGUUGCUAUCCUGCCUGGCCGUGAUUGUCUGUGUCCAGGCAGCGGUCACAGGACCUGAGGCGCGCUCUAGUGUGGACUCCAAGGAUCAGCAGCUGGCCACCGCGAGCGUUGGAAUCCUGGACUCCGUGCUCCGGGGAAAGAGUCGCCAGUCGCGCUGUGUGCGAUGCUACGAGGAUCGAGACCGGGAUCGCUACUACGGCGGAUAUGCCAGUCGAUCGGGCGACGACAUGCGCAGCAGUGCCUGGUAUUAUACCGGCUACGAUGACCGCAGUAGCAGCAGGGAUCGCGACUACGACCGCUACUACGAUCGCUCCCGCUACGAUGAUCGUUAUACCCCAAGGACCUACGAUCGGUACGAGGGACGUGGCUAUGAUGAUUACAGAAGGGGAUCCGGUUACAGUGGAUCCUACGAUCGGGAACGCGGAUAUGGCUACGACAACCGGGAUCGCUACUAUGGUGGUGAUCGCUACAGUGCUGAUCGCUACAGCGAGGGAUCUUCCCGAGACCGCUUAUACGAUCGCUCGAGGUCCAGCGGGUAUGAUCGUUACGAUCCGUACGAUCGCUACUACUCCAGGUAUGAUUUUCGCAACUAUCGCCCUUGGGAUGAGACCUACAGGGGUCAAUCCGGCUUCGAUAACUCCGGCCGUGGCUAUUACUUUGCCACAGAUGAUGAUGAAAGCGACAGGAAUCGAGGAUAUGGCUACUCCUACUCUCGACCCACCUCCUCCUCCUUCUCCUCCUCCUCGAUGAGUUCGCCUUGUGGGCGCAUCCCCGGAAAUUGUCCCUAUGCCGGUGGCUCCAAGGUCACCUCCUCCGCGAUAGGCAGCGACAGCUCGCGAGUGGGUGGACAUACCAAUGUCCUGGGAUCGGAGGGAGGUCCUGGCAGUUGGACCUAUCUGGGGGAUCAGGAGAAGGGCAGUGGUGGCAGUAGCAGCAGCGCAUCGGCCAGCAGCGGCAGCAGUAGCAGCAGCAACGGCUCAAGCGGCAGCGGCGGCAGUCGGGAGCGGGAACGGGAACGGGACAGGGAGCGGGAUGCACAGAGCUCUUCCUAUGGUGGCCGACCACGUCCUCUAGGCGUCAGCUAUCUGCUCGAACGGGACGCGGACACCCCAUCGGAUGGGGCAGGAAACACGGCGAAUCCCGCCGGCAAUGGUGGAAGUGGUGGUGGUGGUGCUGGUGGCCAGAGCAUGCCCAUCCCAGCUGCCCAGACGGCUGCCGAGGAAAGUUCCGGCGCAGCCAAGCAGUAACUGGAUAAGGACGCAGAAUUCAGAUCUGAGUCCAGAUCCAGAUCCAAAUCCAGGACCGGAUGCAGUGCAGCGGCUGGGAGAGAUGUCCGCCCGGUGGGCGUGGCAGGGCUUAGUGUAACCUACUAUCCGUAUUUAUGUGUAAUUCAUAAGCUAAGUCUCCAAAGAAAAUAUUUAUGUGUGGCACAGCUUUGCUCAAAUAAACAAAAUUCAAAGAUCCUCAACAAGUGGUUAUUUUUAUAGGGGUAGAAAAAUAAUACAAAUUUUUCAGUUGCAAGUACAGUUUAUUUUAUUGUUCAAGUGUGUAAUGCUUAACUAAGAGGUAAUACAUUUAUUUAUAUUAUAAAAAUAAACUUUGUUUGUGAGAGACCCUGAGCACGAUUAACAUAAACCAAUGAAGUAAAAUUCAAAAGAAGAAAUAAAAUAUAUAAAACAUACAGGAAAAUUAAAAAAUAAAAAUCCAAACAGUUCAAAU